AUGGAUAAUCUCGCCAACGACACCAGAGACCUCAAGCUGGAUGACAACAAUGUCCCAAUCGGCCCUGCCCCUCCCCCGGCAGGAGCCGACCUCUCCACCAUGUUCCCCGGCCUGCCAGCCGGUUACAAGGUCAACACAGGCAUGACGCUCGAGGAGACGAUCGCCGACUUGAACAAACACCCGCUGUUCAUGACCGAGCUGGACGACGCUGAAGAGAACGAGGAGCUUGCCGCUUUGCAGUCUCUUGCCUAUGACGGCACGCCUUUGGAAAACGGCCUCAACUUCAAGGAGCAGGGGAAUGAGUGCUUCAAGGCUAAGAAGUGGGCUGAUGCGAAGGAGUUUUACGGGAAGGGAGUCCAGAUCUUGCAGGCGGAGGAGUUUAGACGGAGUAAGGGGAUCAAGAAAAAGGUUCAGAAGCAGCAGGAGGUGGCGAUGAGGAGCGAGGAGGAGCAGAAGGCUUUUGAGGAGAGGGAGAAGAAGAGGUUGGCGGGGAAUGAUGGGUCGGGGGUUGUCAAGGAGGAUGAGAAGACAGCGACAAAAGAGGAGUAUGAAGAGGUGGAGGAUGACCCCGAAGAAACGCAAAAGGAGAGGACGCUGUUGGAGCAGUUGUACGUCAACCGGGCGGCUUGUCAUUUGGAGCUGAAGAACUACCGGUCUUGCACGUUGGACUGCGCGGCUGCGCUGAGGCUGAAUCCGAAGAACGUCAAGGCCUUUUACCGGUCUGCAAAGGCGCUGUUGGCGGUGAACAAGAUCGUCGAGUCGGAUGAUGCUUGCGCGAGGGGGUUAGAGAUUGACUCUUCGAACGCGGCGCUGCAGCAGCUGGCCAAGGAGAUCAUCGCCAAGAACGAGACAGUGACGGCGCACAAGAAGGCCGAGGAGAAAAGGGCGGCUGAUGCUAGGAGAAAGGAGGUGCUGUUGAAAGCAGCACUGGAGGCUAGAAACAUCAAGACGAGGUCGACCGGGAAGCCGCCUGACAUGGAGGACGCGCAUGUCCAGCUUGUUCCCGACCCGCUGGAUCCCCAGAGUUCCCUUUCGGUGCCGACGAUGCUGCUGUAUCCUGCCGACUAUGAGAGCGAUUUCAUCAAGGCGUUUAACGAGACAGAGAGCUUGGAGCAGCAUUUUGGGUAUGUGUUCCCUCUGCCAUGGGACAGAGAAAACAAAUACACGGCGAACAAUGUCGAGUGCUACGUUGAGACAGUCAGUGGAGGGUUGGCAAAGGUGGGCAAGAAAGUAUCACUGCUCAAAGUGUUGAGCAGUGGCAACGUGGAGAUUGUGGAUGAUCUACUCAAGAUUUUCGUGGUGCCCAAGGGGAAGGCAGAGGGCUGGGUGAAGGACUGGAAGGAGAAGAAGCUUGGGAGGAAGUAG